UAUUUGAAAGGCAUAGAGAUCAGUCACUUCCAUCCUGUUUUCAUUCCCCACUUGUUCACAACAGCCAUGCUGGGCCAAGCUGAAGUCAGGAGGAACCUGGAACUCAAGUCCUUGAGUCUCCCAGGGUGCGCAUUAGCAGGGAGCUGGGUUGGAAGUGGAGGUGGAACUUGACCCCAAGUUGAUGGAGGAUGCAAACAACCCCAAGCCAGCUUGAGCUCUCUUUUGCUGGGAAUAAACUUAAGAUUCCAAAAAGAGAAGCAAAACAAAACACCCCUCGAAAGGUCAGAUGUGGCCGUGACCUGACAGUUUUCAGGCAUUCUUCCAUUCAGCUCUUCCCGCUUCUCCUCUGAUGGGGAAAAAAAAUUCAGUGCUCGCUAUUUUAGGAGCUGAGAAAACAAGCCGGGCAGCUUUCCUGGGUCCUGAGGGGGCUCCGCUCCCGAGCUUCCCCAAACCUCAGUACGUGCAGGAAUCACCUGGGCAGUAGAACCCAACCUGGGAGGUCUGGGCUGGGGCCUGAAAACUUGCCUUGGCCUUGCUAACAAGCCCGCAGGUGCUGGCGAUGCCGUCGGUUCCUGGGCGGUGGAUAACCCAGGGGCUCGGGACCAGCUAUGCUAGUUAAGAGGGACAGUAGAGUCGCCCGCCGCGAAGGCGCGCUUAACUCGACCAACCUCGUGUUUUUACUUAUUUUAGUUUAUUUGGGGUGGCUUGCAGAGGGUCCAGGACCUGGCCGGCAGGUGCGUCUUUAGCUCGCGGCGUGGGAGUGCAGGAAAUCUGUGAACGGCAGUAGCUUCCCAACCGCCCACAGAAAGGGAGAAGCGGGCACGAAUUCCCCCCAAGUCUCCUGGGCUGGGGUUCGGCCUCUCUCUAUGCUGGGGACGCUUUUCCUAGGCUAGCCCACGUGUCUGCGGUCAACUCCUUCCUGUCAAUCAAGUGUUUUGCAGGCGGGGUCGGGGGCGGAGAGGCGGCGCGGGGCGGUGCGCUCCCAUGGUCCCGCGCGGCGGGCGGGUUUGGAUUUUAAAUCCCCGCGGCCAAUCAGUGGCGCGCAGGCUUCUGUAACGUUCCCAGCGCCGCGUUUGAAUUCGGGCAGGAGCAGAGCGGUGCAGAGCCUCUCCCCGGACCCCUUGCCAGGUCGGCCGAGUGGCCCUGGGAGCAUGAGUGCAGCGUUGGGUGCAGCCAAGCUGGCGAGGGCACCGGUCGAGCCAGGGAAGGCCGGCGGCCCUGGAGUGGCAGCUCCCGGAGUCCCGGCAGCUACUCCACCGACCAAAGAGAUCCCCGAAGUCUUAGUGGACCCACGCAGCCGGCGGCGCUAUGUGCGGGGCCGCUUCCUGGGCAAGGGCGGCUUCGCCAAAUGCUUCGAGAUCUCAGAUGCAGACACCAAGGAGGUGUUCGCCGGCAAGAUCGUGUCCAAGUCGCUACUGCUCAAGCCGCAUCAGAAGGAGAAAAUGUCCAUGGAGAUCUCCAUUCACCGCAGCCUUGCCCACCAGCACGUCGUGGGCUUCCACGGCUUUUUCGAGGACAGUGAUUUCGUCUUCGUAGUUUUGGAGCUCUGCCGCCGCAGGUCUCUACUAGAGUUGCACAAGAGGAGGAAAGCGUUGACAGAGCCCGAGGCCCGCUACUACCUGCGGCAGAUUGUGCUGGGCUGCCAGUACCUGCACCGCAACCGCGUGAUUCACCGGGACCUCAAGCUGGGCAACCUCUUCCUGAAUGAGGACCUGGAGGUCAAAAUAGGGGAUUUUGGGCUGGCUACCAAAGUGGAAUAUGAGGGAGAACGGAAGAAGACAUUAUGUGGGACUCCGAACUACAUAGCCCCAGAGGUGCUGAGCAAGAAAGGGCACAGCUUCGAGGUGGAUGUGUGGUCCAUUGGAUGUAUCAUGUAUACUUUGCUAGUGGGCAAACCACCUUUUGAGACAUCCUGCCUAAAAGAGACCUACCUCCGGAUCAAGAAGAAUGAAUACAGUAUUCCCAAGCACAUCAACCCGGUGGCUGCCUCCCUCAUCCAGAAGAUGCUGCAGACGGACCCCUCUGCCCGUCCGACCAUCCACGAGCUGCUCAAUGACGAGUUCUUCACUUCCGGCUACAUCCCUACCCGCCUGCCCAUCACCUGCCUUACCAUCCCGCCCAGGUUUUCAAUUGCUCCCAGCAGCCUGGACCCCAGCAACCGGAAACCUCUCACGGUCCUUAACAAAGGCACGGAGAACCCUUUACCCGAACGCCCUCGGGAGAAGGAGGAACCAGUGCUCCGGGACACAAACGAGGUCCUGGAGUGCCACCUCGGCGACAUGCUGCAGCAACUGCACAGUGUCAACGCCUCCAAGCCCUCCGAGCGGGGCCUGGUGCGGCAAGAGGAGGCUGAGGAUCCCGCCUGUAUCCCCAUCUUCUGGGUCAGCAAGUGGGUGGACUAUUCGGACAAGUACGGCCUCGGCUAUCAGCUGUGUGACAACAGCGUAGGGGUCCUCUUCAAUGACUCCACCCGCCUCAUCCUCUAUAACGACGGCGACAGCCUGCAGUACAUAGAGCGGGAUGGCACUGAGUCCUACCUCACCGUGAGUUCCCACCCCAAUUCCUUGAUGAAGAAGAUCACCCUCCUGAAGUACUUCCGUAAUUACAUGAGCGAGCACCUGCUGAAGGCGGGCGCCAACAUCACGCCGCGGGAAGGCGAUGAGCUGGCCAGGCUGCCCUACCUGCGCACCUGGUUCCGCACGCGCAGUGCCAUCAUCCUGCAUCUCAGCAAUGGCACCGUGCAGAUCAACUUCUUCCAGGAUCAUACCAAGCUCAUCCUGUGCCCGCUGAUGGCGGCCGUGACCUACAUUGACGAGAAGCGGGACUUCCGUACGUACCGCCUCAGCCUGCUGGAGGAGUUCGGCUGCUGCAAGGAGCUGGCCAGCCGCCUGCGCUACGCCCGCACCAUGGUGGACAAGUUGCUGAGCUCACGCUCGGCCAACAACCGCCUCAAGGCUUCCUCCUAGGCCCCUGAUCCCCUCUGGACUGGUGCCCUCCACCCCCCCGCAGCACUGGGGCCUGCAUUGGUUGGCACCCAUGGUGCUGUUUUCUGCCACGUGCCCCUCUUCCUCCUCAGCCCUGGGGGCUGGGCCAAGAGCUACAGCGUGCCGGAGGUGGGGCUGCUGCAUAAGUUAUUUUUUUGUAUAUGUUUGGGUGCGGGUUCUGUAGCCUGCUUCUCCUUCCCCUUCCCUCGCAACCCCACUGUAUGAAUUGUACAGAAUGUUCCUGUUGAGUUUGGGACUGUCCUUCUUUGACUUUAUAUACAUUAAAUGUUUAUGAAUCUUC